UUUACAAAUACUUUCUAGAAUCUGAAGGACUUUGAACCAAGAGGAACGGCCCAAACCUGACCCGAAGAUCCGAACGCACAGCAAACAUCAGUGAUUAGAGACAUCGUCCCAUGUCCUUAUCCUCUUACACUGCAAACUCGUCGCCUGUUUCUGUUGCGGUGAUGCUUUCUGCGUCAUCUCCUCCGAUUACAUCUCUUCUUCUCUACCCAAAAGCUUGUAAAUUUGGUCAAUCAAAAUCCAACUCCAAAAGAAUAUUCUCUCUUCGUGCUUCAUCCUCGUUGCCUGUUUAUGAUACCAAGCUAACAGUUGAGUACACACCCUGGCUUAUCGUGGGACUUGGUAACCCUGGAACAAAGUACUACGGAACUAGACACAAUAUUGGUUUUGAGAUGAUUGAUCAUAUUGCUCGAACGACAGACAUUUCCAUGAACACAGUUCAGUCCAAAGGUUUGGUCGGAAUAGGUGCGGUCGGAGAAGUGCCGAUUCUGUUGGUUAAACCUCAAACUUACAUGAAUUUUAGUGGUGAAUCGGUUGGGCCAUUAGCUGCUUACUAUCAAGUACCCUUACGCCAUAUUCUGAUGAUAUAUGAUGACAUGGGUUUGCCUAAUGGUGUCUUGAGGCUUCAACCAAAAGGAGGACAUAGCCAUCACAAUGGGUUGAAGAAUGUGAUAGAACAUCUAAAUGGAUGCCGUAGCUUCCCCCGCUUAUCAAUUGGAAUUGGGAAUCCACCGGGGAGCAUGGACAUGAAAGCGUUUCUUCUCCAGAAAUUCAGCCGCUCGGAGCGUAAACAGAUUGAUGCGGGGAUGGAACAAGGUGUUGAUGCCGUGAAGACGCUUGUUGAAUAUGGAUUCAACGACACAAUAUCUCGAUUCAAUUUGGGGCAGAAAUACAAGUUCCACACAAUUUGAUUAUCUUCACUUUUGCUUCUUCAUCUUAGAUCAUACCUGUCACAGUAGCAUGUAACAACAUAGUCCAACGUUGUAUUGUUAGUAUCAUUAGUCUUUUAUCUUAGAGGUAGGUUAUAUUGUAAA